AUGCGUUUCAUUGAAGGACUUAAAACGGCCUUAGUCCUCACCAUCGUCCCGUUCGUGGUGGGAGCUUUACUCCGCGUUGCGCUGACGAAGCAGCAUAAACCGCACAUGGAUAAGGGCUUCGCGCAGGGGGCGGCGGGCAUGCUCCCGGAGAAGCCCCUCGUCGUCCAAGCUCAACUAAAUGAACAGACAACAAUGCAGACGAAGGUUAAGCAUCCAUCCGCUGAAGUUGAUUAA